AUGAAGAACGUCACCCUGGCCACCAUCAGCAAAAACAUCACCAACAGCCUUCACUUCGGACUUGUGAACAUCAUUGGCAAUGAGUCGACCUCUAACUGCUCGCAUAAGCCGUCAGAUAAGCAUUUAGAUGCAAUUCCUAUCCUCUACUAUAUUAUUUUUGUGAUUGGAUUUCUUGUCAAUACUAUUGUGGUUACGCUGUUCUGUUGUCAAAAGGGUCCUAAAAAGGUUUCCAGCAUUUACAUCUUCAACCUGGCUGUGGCUGAUUUGCUGCUUUUGGCUACUCUUCCUCUCUGGGCAACCUAUUAUUCUUACAGAUAUGACUGGCUCUUUGGGCCUGUGAUGUGCAAAGUGUUUGGUUCUUUCCUGACCCUGAACAUGUUCGCGAGCAUAUUUUUUAUCACCUGCAUGAGCGUUGAUAGGUACCAGUCUGUUAUCUAUCCCUUUCUGUCUCAGAGAAGAAAUCCCUGGCAAGCGUCUUAUAUCGUUCCCCUUGUUUGGUGUAUGGCUUGUCUGUCCUCAUUGCCAACAUUCUAUUUCCGAGAUGUCCGAACCAUUGAGUAUUUGGGAGUGAAUGCCUGCAUUAUGGCCUUCCCCCCUGAGAAAUAUGCCCAAUGGUCAGCUGGGAUUGCCUUAAUGAAAAAUAUCCUUGGUUUUAUUAUCCCUUUAAUAUUCAUAGCCACAUGCUAUUUUGGAAUCAGAAAACACUUACUGAAGACCAAUAGCUACGGGAAGAACAGAAUAACUCGCGACCAAGUCCUCAAGAUGGCAGCGGCUGUCGUUCUGGCGUUCAUCAUCUGUUGGCUUCCCUUCCAUGUUCUGACCUUCCUGGAUGCUCUGGCCUGGAUGGGUGUCAUUCAUAGUUGUGAAGUUAUAGCAGUCAUUGACCUGGCACUUCCUUUUGCCAUCCUCCUGGGAUUGACCAACAGCUGCAUUAAUCCCUUUCUGUAUUGUUUUGUUGGUAACCGGUUCCAACAGAAGCUCCGCCGUGUGUUUAGGGUUCCAAUUACUUGGCUCCAAGGCAAGCGAGAGAGUGUGUCAUGCCGAAAAAACAGUUCCCUUAGAGAAAUGGAGACCUUUGUGUCUUAA